AUGCGGUUUAAGAACAAGAACUUCAAAAGAAGAUUCAAGCUUCCCAGAUCAGGCCCAACACAGACGCAAUCUCAGAGACCACCAAGUCAAGCCACCAAAGUACAGUUUUACCAGAAUUGCUUCAUCGCAUUCUCUUCUCUCAUGGGAACGAUCUGGUUUACCGGCAAAAUCUUCUUCGAGGAUCGCAAUGAAAUCGCACGCCUAAAAAAUGAGAACGACAAUUGGAGGACUUGGUGGAAUGAGGAAGGAAGAUAUAUCGCGAGCACAGGCAACGAAAUGCGUCAAGGAGCGAGAGCUGGGAACAUUGAGAAUGAAGGCAAUAUAACUUCCGGAUUUGACAGAAGAAAGGAGUAG